UUGUAAACAGUUUGCCCAAGUAAUAUGUUUUCAGCACUCUAUCGUCAAUUCUGGUAGUGCUGACCCGGAAGUUUUGCACGACAGUUACAGUCUUCAAAUAAAGCUUACAGGUACUAGCUGCUGUAUUCUAAGUUUAACAAUACCCAUUAAUACCCCAUCAUUGUCACUCAUAUUCAUUGAAUUCAGUGCCAAGAGACUAAAAAUCGGUGAGCUAUUGUAAAAGUAUGUUUAGACCAUGCUACUUUGCAUUUUCAUGCAAUUCUGAAUAUUGAGUAUAUACACUAGACUAGACCGAUCCUGCUGUAGAAAUAAAUAUGGUCGACCUGGAAGUCCUGCCUCCGUCCCCACCCCUCCAACGGUGCCCAUUGUGAAGCAGAAUGGUGAAAAAAAAAAAAAAAAGAAAGAACAAGACAAUGGCUGACCUGCAAGGUACUCCAUGCUGCACGAGUAACAUGUUGCCUAGCUAAAAAGAAAACUAGUACUAGCAAGGUGACUGAAGCAACAGCACAAGCUAGACCUAUUUUAUCAUUUCCAUUAAGCACCAGAUAUCUGAUCAAAGGUAAUGGCAGAGGUGCGCAUCGAAACAUCUGUCAACAGCACAAAGGAAAGUCCGGAUCCAGAUAACGUGCCAAACCGGACUGCCUCUCAGAACCUAGGAGUACCAAUUCGCUGUGGCCCACCAAGUCCAGGCUUUGCAGCUCGUGUGGGCAUGGGAUACCCAUCGAGAAAUCAUUCCAAUUCGCCUUCAGACCACACGGAAAAAUCCGGCUCCAAAUGGGUCCGGCUUAAUGUUGGUGGUACAUACUUUGUUACCACCAAACAGACACUUUGUAGGGACCCCAAAUCUUUUUUAUACCGAUUGUGCCAAGAGGACCCCGACCUCGAUUCCGACAAGGAUGAAACUGGUGCCUAUUUGAUAGACAGAGAUCCAACAUACUUUGGGCCAAUUCUAAAUUACUUACGGCAUGGAAAACUCAUCAUGAAUAAGGACUUGGCAGAAGAUGGGGUGCUGGAGGAGGCAGAAUUUUAUAACAUUGUUUCACUGGUUCGACUAGUGAAAGAGAGGAUAAGGGACAAUGAGAACAGAACCUCACAGGGUCCAGUAAAACAUGUGUAUCGUGUGCUGCAGUGCCAGGAGGAAGAGUUGACCCAGAUGGUCUCCACCAUGUCUGAUGGAUGGAAAUUUGAACAGCUGAUUGGCAUUGGCUCCUCUUAUAAUUAUGGUAACGAAGACCAGGCUGAAUUCCUCUGUGUUGUUUCCAGGGAACUAAAUAAUUCAACCAACGGCAUUGUUAUUGAACCCAGCGAAAAGGCAAAGAUUCUCCAGGAGAGAGGAUCAAGGAUGUGAAGUCACAUUUCUGAGACGCCACAGGAUUAUCAGAUUAGCAGACACCAGAACACAGUCUUUGCUGCAAUACCUCGCUGCUAACUGGUCGCCCCACCAGGCCACCGGAAAACAAACUGCAAAAUGACUCUCUCUACUUCUAAGCAGCUCUGGGAGCUGAUUUUAUUUAGGGCUGAAAACAUUUUACUCCAGAACUAGAGCCAGAUGGCUUAUGUCUGCCCCCCAGUGACUAUUAUUUUCUUCUUCUUACUACUUUGCGGUGGUUCCUUUCUAACAUUAAAACUUGAUCAGGACUGACCUAGCAGAUGAUUUAUUAUCUGUUGCGUGAGAUUUAUGAUAACAGACUGGUGUUAAUUUGGGGCGACGCAGAUCCUUUCGACAGGAUGUUUAUCAAAAAGGGAAUCAGACACACACACACAUCACCUCAUACUCUGACCAUUGGUAUGUGAUGUUAAUGAAUUGACACCAUGCAGAUUUGCUGGCUUGCUAAGAGAAGAACUCUUGUCUCUAAAGAACCUUAGCAAGGUGAAACCUAGUAUUUAAACCAAGAUGUGCCUAGAGGUGCUAUUGUGUGUGAUGUGGUUGUGGAUGGGGUAAGUUGUUCACUACAAAGAUGAAAAUAAAGCCCCUUUCAUGCACAGUAGAAUUUAUUUUGUAAGUAUGAGAAAACAAGACCAAUUGCUUUGAUGUAGAUAUUGUAAUGACUGACAGUUUGUUGAGGCUGGUGGGUAGACAUGUUUGUCAGUCAGGAUCAUGGAAGAUAAACACUUUAUUACUAGCUUUCUGGGACAGAAGCACACUUUGUCUAUGCAUGACUCUCACUACUGAAGUUGAUAUUCCUAUUGUCACUUUUCUUUUUUAAUUUUAAGUACUUUUUAUUUUAAGUAAUACAACUGCUGUUGUGCACUCAUGGACUGAAAACAGCCUAGCCCAUGAUUUGCUGUUUUGCAGAUCUAAUCAGUCUUUCUGUUGUCUGAUGUAGAACAAGAACUUAGUUUUUUUUGGACUUAUUAGUUUUGUUGAACCUUAGAGGCAGGUAUACUGAUAAGAAACCCUAAGUGGGAAGACAGCCUAGAAAUCUAGUUUGAUAGUAAACACAUCUGUAUUAAUCCAGAGAAUGAUUUCCCGCCAAUUAUAUUUAUAGGCUUUGAAACAUUAAAUGUGAAAACAUACAUAUAUAUGUACAGCCUUAGAAAACAGUUGCACUACAACAAACCAUGUGUUUGAAUGUGCUAGAGACCAAGUUGGCAUAGGAAUACAAAGUGGUAUAUACAUUUUUUUUUUUAAUUGGGUAAACCCACUAGGCACAGCUGCCUUUUUUCAGGAACAGUUGUGAAGCACUGAUGUAGUGGCUUGGUAAGACUCCACAAUAUAGAAGCAGUUCAUACAAACCAUUCGGUUUUCUGGUGUGUUGUGACAGCUAACAGAAGGCUCAGAGCAUAGUUGUUUACAUUACCCAUCAGUUUCCAAUUAUACAGGUAUUGAAACAUGAACUUUUUAAUUAUGUAAUCGACUUUAGGUGUUGCAAAUGUCAAGACAAUUAAAAUCGUUUAUAUUUAGUUAAUAUCUUUAUUAAUACAGGGGAACAUUUUUCUAUGAUUAAAGUCCUGUUGCUCUUGUAGUAUUUUGCCAACAUUCAUAUGACCGAUUCAGCUGAUAUGCUUGCAUUUGUUCUUGUCUGAUCUGAUUUUCAUUCCCUGGCUUGCAUCUAUGGCACACUAAAGCUUCUCAGUUUUAGCA